UCUGUAUGUGUGUGUUCUGUCUGUAUAAGGGUGGGAUGGUGAAGUGUGUAUUAUGAUGGGAUGGCAAAAAUUCGUCGGGACACUCCUUGACAGUGGCGUUGCGAACAAUUGAGAGGAACAGUGUUUAUGUUAUUGUAAGUCCCGAUACAUUCGUGCAUUCGGAGGAUACUGCAUAAGCGUAGAAAACAUGAUUUCAUGGUGGAAAAUUGGAAUUAUUCUGCCAGUGGAAAGGUACAUUAACCAUACAAAAUGAAAUUCAAGGCUGAAUUGCAUUUUUUUAUCUUUGGUCUGGCAUCUUUGAUGGUGAUGAGGCAGGUAGGAGCAAUGAUAUCACAGUCAUCUAUUGUGCUGGAGAACGGCGGAUAUACCGAUAUUGUGGUUGCUAUUGAUGAGAGUCUGAAGGAGAAUGACGCCUUGGUUCAGGCGAUACAGCGCAUGUUCAUUGAUGGUUCGGGAUAUUUAUAUCAGGCGACAAGGAAACGUGUCUACUUCAAGAGCAUCACCAUCAUCAUCCCAUCUACCUGGUCAACUAAAGCAGAGUACAGGUCACCAGGACGAUUGACCUUUGACGAUGCCGACGUCAGAAUUGCACCACCCAAUUCUCUGUGGGCGCCAAAUCCUUACACACACCAGGUGCAAGGAUGUGGAAAGCCAGGGAGUUACAUUCAUUUCAUAGAAGAAUUCUUAACCAGCUCCGAAACGAAGGAUACCUUUGGACCCUUAGGGCGUGUGCUGAUACAUGAGUGGGGUCAUCUUAGAUGGGGGCUCUUCAAUGAAUAUCCUGAUCCCGUGGGAGACCAAAAGGAUAUAGUCCAUUACUACCAAUCAAUGGAAGAUGAAAAAUGGAAGCCCGUGGCGUGUAACCAAGGGAUUUACACCAGGGCACUUAUCAAAGAUGAAAGUAACGACGCUUCCGACUAUCGAGGUUGUGAGGGGAAUGAAGAUGAUGGAUAUGAAGAAGGGUGCAUGGCGAUAACCUCAGGACCAGGAUUAUCCACUGGCUCUAUCAUGUACGGACUGCUUAAGUUUGAUCAGAUACAACAUUUUUGUGAUAACGACAAGAGUGAUCCUGACAACCUUCAUAACCGAGAAGCCCCAAAUAAACACAAUCGACUUUGUAACUCAAGGAGUGCAUGGGAAGUCAUGAGGGAACAUGAAGAUUUCAAAGACAACAUUUCCCCACCAUUGGAUCUGAGUGAUGCUGAUAUCUUACCGUCAUUCACACUGGCCCAAGCACGUAUUAGAGAUGAAUGUCGGAUAGUUAUAGUUAUUGAUACAUCAGGGAGCAUGGAUACAAGUGACAGAAUCCUGAAAGCUAUCAGUGCAUCCACCGCUUUCAUCGAUCUGGUUAAUGAAGAAACAUGGGUUGGCAUCGUGACUUUUACUUCAAGUACCUCCAUCAGGCAUGGAUUAAUACAAGUCUCAUCCCAAGCAGAUAGAUCUGCCUUACGCGACACAUUAAGUUUCUCAGCAGAUGGAGGCACGUGUAUAGGAUGUGGACUAGAGAGUGGACUUCAGGUGUUGGGAGAACAUCCCUCCGGGAUACUUAGCGGAGCAGACAUACUAUUAAUGACUGAUGGGGAAGAUGCAGGCUUUGCUACUCAUCCUGCUCGGCAGACUGCCAUAGAAGAAGGAGUGAGGAUCAACACUGUAGCUAUAGGAGAUGAUGCGUACGGUAAACUCAACACCGUUUCUUUAGAAACAGGAGGAUUAGGCUUCUCUUAUCGCGAUAAUGAUGGCAGAGCUGAACUUAUCACUGCUCUAACUCAAACUGCUGAGACAUGUUCGGGAACGGAUACUUCGAAAGGACGCGUUCAACUUUCUUCCGUAGGAUUCACGCUUGGUACAAGAGGGGUGACCAGUGGACACUUUUAUAUUGAUCCAUCGAUUGGCUCUGGAACCCAGUUUAUUGUAACCUACACUCACGGCUCAGAUAUCAUACCCGGUGUUAUCCUAACCCUCACCCAGCCGAAUGGGAAAACCAUAUCUCCUGGCAGCUUUGAAUACAACGAAGAUGCCCAGAGAAAGGUGAUCAGCGUUUUUAUCAAUGGCAGAGCAGAGAUUGGCAAAUGGUUUUAUGAAAUCACUAACACGUUUCCCGGAACACAUUCCGUCACCUUUUCGGUCUAUUCCCGACCUAAUAAUGAAGUGCAAGAUGGAAGCGUUAUAUCUGUCAAGUCAUACAUCAGUGACUCGGUCCUGAACCAAUCUGAAGACAUAAAAGCACUGGUCACAUAUGCUGAAGUCAUGAAAGGCUCUUCCCCUGUCAUCAAUGCAACCGUACGAGCCACAGUGGAAAGACCUGGGGGUGUUGCUGUAACAUAUGAUCUCCUAGACAAUGGUGCAGGGGCUGAUGUGACUGCAAAUGAUGGAGUGUAUACACGAUCAUUUCUUAACUACACUGGAGAAGGCUUCUAUGGUAUCGGCAUCACAGCAGAGAAUGAUGGCAGCGCUUUGAUCUUGAAAGGAAAAACAGGGUCUCAGGCACCAGCUUUUAUAAAUAUCACGGAAGACGGACAGGUGGUAUCAGACGGAUCUAUAGGAAACUAUACUAUUCGUCUACCCGGAGAUCAAGUCUUUGACAGCUUGGUGUUUGAGAAAGCGGCACCUUUUACGAGAAGCUCGUCAGCUGGUUCGACCAAUGUACCAAGUCUUCCACAAGGCUUUACACCAGGACAAGACCUGUUCCCACCGAACCGGGUCCAGGACCUGCGGGUUAAACUUACAUCUCUCAAUGAAUCUUCAGUGGUUCUGACCUGGACCGCACCAGGUGAUGAUCUAGACACGGGAACUGCCAUGAGUUAUGACAUCAGAAUAUCUCACUCCCCUGCACUACUUCUGGCCAAUUUCUCAAACGCAACUCAGCUUGAAUUCAAUCAAAUCCUGGAAGGGAAUGUGUCCAGCCCAAAACCCUUUGGAUCCCUAGAAGAAUACGUCAUAACGGUUCCUGACGUCACAGCAGUUACAACAUUCUCGUAUGCCUUUGCUCUGCAAGCAUCUGAUGACGCGGGUCUGACGAGUCCAGUUUCAAAUGUAGUUAAGGCGACUUUCAGGAGGGUCAUCCCUACAUCUCCACCGCCCAAACCAGGUCCAUGUGAUAGUAUGGUGUGUUACAAUGGCGGGACUUUGGACGAAAGGAGAUGCUUAUGUUCCUGCUCCGAUGAGUUCCCGGGAGAAUAUUGCGAAUAUGUGAAGUCACAGCUCAAGAACGGUGUCCAGGUCGAUCUUCGAGGGAACCAAGAUGAGUGGCAGGAUAGUGCUGAGCCUCUACUUGCAUCUGUGACAGAGCAGCUGAAUCUCUUCUGCACCAACAAUUUCGAUACAUGCUGUCCCGGAAGAGGACAGAUUUUGAGUAAAUCUCUACGAAUCCAGUUUGUAACGGUAGACGAUGUGAAGAUUGCUGAUGGGUAUCCUGUAAUCGAAGGAAAAGAAGAAGACGAUGACCAACUAUACACAUGCUCUUUUAUUGUCUAUGCUCUUAAACCUGCUGGCCCUGAUGUAUGCUCAGAUGCUUCGGGUCCACUGUCCCGAUGGAGACGAGGAGAUCAUUCCAACGUCCAGAGACGAUCCGCUGAGCCCAUUUACAUCUCUCAGGAUCUCCUCUUAGACGCCAUUUUGAAUGGCCGUGCAGCCAUAGCAUCCUAUCUCAUAAACGCUACUUCAAAGGCCAUCUCUAUCGCGAACAUUACCCUGCCUAUCGAAGAGGAGAAUGCCGUCCCAACCGACAGCAAACCGGAGGUAUCAAACCGUUCCAUGAUCGUCAUUACGAUCGUCUGCAUUUUGAUAAUUGGGAUUAUCAUUUGUCUUCUGGGAGUCGCAUAUUACUAUAAGAGGUGUAGGAAGAAUGCAUCGUACCAGGCUGCCAGGAAAGAUGACCAAGAUGACGUAUAGACAAGUGAACAUCUAUUUCACUAAUGUCAUAGUUUGCACGUUGAAAAUAUGCAGAAUUUUAU